GUGUCUCACGCGUAUAUUCUUAUCUCGUGCCUGUAAUUAUUUCAUUUCCGUCGUUAAAAUGAUAAUCGCACACAGUAUUCAUUAACUGGCGUUAGUAAAAUGCUUGAAUACAUAACAUUUCUGUUGGAUGUUCUGGUUUUUUCAAUUUUAUCAAUAGCGUGGUUUUUUCUUCCAGCCUUUUUGUGUCGAGAUCCUGAAGGAAAUCGGGUAAUGCCAUUACAGACAUCUAAAGAAGACCACAAAGAAGACAAACCCGAUUACAUAGACAACCAACUGCUAAAAGCAAACAGCUAUACCAUAAACAACGAUAUAUUUGGCCGAAACCAGUAUAUAAUUAAUGGUAUAUUAUUUAAGGAAAAUAUAAAAGGUGGUAGAUACAAAGAGUUUGAGCUGUAUAAAUUAAAAAUGGAUGAUUAUGCUGAUUCUUCGGGUGUGUCAAUAGAUGAUGACACCCAUCUCGAACUAACUCUUGAGCAGGUCCCAAAUGGCUUCAUAAUAAACUCUAACGUGUUCAUCACCCAUCUUCAGUGGCACACCAUAUAUUUAGUGUCCGAGAAUUUCCGCCGCUGCGCCAUAUGCGAGGUCUAUUGUGAUGCCAGAGAUCAUAUCGCCUGUAGCGACCAUAUCGCUAAUAUGAAGAGAUAUAAGCCGCUUCAUAAAUAUGAUUUGACUAUUACUAGGAAGAUCAACAACAACUAUCAUUGCGGCGUCUGCAACACGAUAUUCGAUCAAUCACAGAAAACCGAGCAUUAUUCCAGCAAAACGCACGAAGACAAACUUUUAUUCGCCAUCAACAGAGUUUCAGACAUUACAUACGAUUUCAACAUACACAAUAACAACAAUAACGAGAAGAAAGAUUCAUAUUAUUUCAACGUUAAGCAUAACUAUCAAAAUGCAUGCAUGUUAAAUGAACCCAAUGAAACUCUAGAUGAAUCUGAAGAAUACAGCGAUCAAGAGAUUGAGAUUUUAGAGAAUAGAAAUUAUAAUUAUAAUGAUGAUGAUUGGUAUCCGUUGAAUUAUAAUGAGGAUUAUAGCGAUGAUGAUUAUGAGGAGCCGAUGCAGAAUUUGGAGUUUUCUUAUGCCACAAUGGCUAAAAAACCGAAGAGUGAUGAUUUGCCUGACGUUUUAGAGGUAGAUUUAGGUAACAAGAAAGUGACAGUAAAAUUCAACUCAUGGAACAUGCUCAUCCGCCCGAUGCCCAACAGGUUCUACUGUAUGGCCUGUAAGGAGCUUGGCCACAUCAGGAAGAGAGCAGAACAUUGCAAGAGCGAAGGGCAUACAGCCAGACUCAACGAGUGUACUGUGGUCGACGAAUAUGAGAAUUAUUUUGUACGACAGGUUGACAGCAAAUGCUACCACUGCGGCCACUGCAACAACCUCCAACUCAUCAACGUGAUGGAAGACCACAUUCGAUCCGUACACACUCACCCCACCACCGUCUCUUCUCUUCUCGACUCACCGGCCAAGAAAAUUACACAUUCCACACCCAUCAAAACAGCCAAAACAGAAAAUGAUACUGCCAUACUUGCUAUAGCAAAUCCAGCCAAAACUGACACAGAUAAUAAAAAUGUACAAAUGGCUAUUGGAAAUUACACUAGAAUAAUAAUCAAUCCAGCAAGUGUGUUUGAAGGUCUCAGAGCGGCUAAUAGUAAUUUUGAUGAUAUAGUUAUCUGUACGUUUGACAGUAAUCUUCGUAUAUCGAAACUGGCGUUUAAUAUAGUGUGUCAGGGGGAUAAUAAUUAUUAUUGUGGACUUUGUGAAGUUAAUAUAGAUAAGGAAAGAUUGAUGUUUCAUAUGAACGAUGUACAGCAUUUGACGAUUUUGCAGCGGACGCCUUUUAUACAGGCGUUUAAUUUGCAUUUGUUUAGAGAGAUUCGCGACGCCCUUCACUGUGGAUUAUGUAACGAGCUCAUACAAAUUAUGCCAGAAUUUAUUAUAAAACAUAAAUAUCUCGAAAAACAUAUUGUAAGCCUGCAUAGAGCUCUCGGCUAUUUCAAAAAUGACAAUACACUUACAGAGGCUAAAAACGGUGCAAAUGUUCGUAAUGGUGCUAUAACUCAACCUAAGCCAGUAGCCGAAAUAGCUCUGGGCUAUUUCAAAAAAGACAAUACACUUACAGAGGCUAAAAACGGUGCAAAUGUUCGCAAUGGUGCUAUUACUCAACCUAAGCCAGUAGCCGAAAUGGCUCUGGGCUAUUUCAAAAAUGACAAUACACUUACAGAGGCUAAAAACGGUGCAAAUGUUCGUAAUGGUGCUAUAACUCAACCUAAGCCAGUAGCCGAAAUAGCUCUGGGCUAUUUCAAAAAUGACAAUACACUUACAGAGACUAAAAACGGUGCAAAUGUUCGUAAUGGUGCUAUAACUCAACCUAAGCCAGUAGCCGAAAUUCCUAAAAUAACUACUACAAAUGUAGAAAAUAAAAAUGUAGUUAAUACAAACAAUGUGACAAAUGUUAAUGUCAAAAAAGAAGCACCUAUUACAAAUAAUAAUGUGGCUUUAAAUAACAUACCAUUACCUAAUAUAGCUAAUAAGAAAAUUGUACCAAUCGCCAAUAAGAAUGUAACUAUAACAGCAGUUAAUAGUAACAAGAAUGAACAUGUAACUAAUACAAAUAAAAUAAAUGUAGAUACAACGAAAGAUGUCUGGCACAAUAAUGUUAAAAAUGGACCAAAUAUUGCAGCUAAAGAAAGCAAUACAAAUAAAAUAAAUGUAGACACAACAAAAAAUGUACAAGUAAAUGCUAAAAACGGACCAAAUAAAGAAAACCUACAAGAUAUAAAUAAAAUUGAAGCAACUGAAGAGUUCGUAACAGUUAAAAAUGGUGUUAAAGAAGGAAUAUCCGAUGAACUGGACGAUUCAUACAUUGAAGAUUUUGAUCUUGAAGAGUAUGUUUAUAUAAAACUGGGUAAUAGUUAUAUAAAGAUAACUUAUACGGCGUUUAACUCUCUAGUGGAUGUCGGCGAUGGGAGUAAAUACUGUUUUGUGUGUUCGUCCGUGGUGUGUGAGUUGAGUAAGCAUGUGGAAAGCCGGGGGCAUACGGAGAAUAUGGAGAAAUUUAAAUUUGUUGAUAAGUACAACGAAGAUUUGAUAAGACAGUUCUAUCUCAUGUACCACUGCAGCAUCUGCAACGUGGUAAUCACCAGGAAGCAUUUGCAUCAGCACCUCUCCUGGCCCACCCACGCACUCCAAACAGAAAACACCAAGAUAACCUCCAAAAAACGAAAAACCGAAAUCAAAACGGGCACCAAACAGAUCACCGUCUCCACUCAGAAAGAAAACAUAUAUUUAAACGAAAAAGAGACUGAUAUAAAGAUAUAUAAAAAUAUAACUAUUGAUAAAGAAAAGCUUGAAAUCCAAAAGAUGAAUAAGAUAGUGAUUUUUAAUGAUAAUGUGCUGAAAGUUCCUUUUGAUUCUUGGCAUAGUUUUAGCGAAAUAGCAAAUGGGUAUAGAUGCAAAGUUUGCCAAAGUGAGUUUGAGACGAAUGAGUUUGGUUUGCAUGUGGGUAGCGAGUGGCAUAAGGGGAAUUUGGAGAAGAUUGAGAAGAAGUAUUCACCGGCGCUGAUGAGAAAGAUAAACGACACAACCUUGAACUGUGUGAUGUGCAACACGGAGGUGUCCAAUAAAAAGCACAUAGUCGCCGAACAUAUCCAGGGCAAGAAACAUGCCAAACACUACGAAAAUAUGCUCAAAGAGAGCUCCGGGGCCAAUAGCUAUGCCGAUUGCGACCAAGAUGUCGUUAUGCUUUAAACAAACACCUGUUUAAAUUAAGAACACCAUAUAGGUAUACAAAAAAAAUUAAAUGUGCCAUAUUUGGCACAUAUUAUUUUUAUAACAUAUACAGGGCAAGAAACAUAUCAAACACUAUGAAAAUAUGCUCAAGGAUAGCUCCGGGGCCAAAAGCUAUGCCGAUUGCGACCAAGAUGUGGCUAUACCGUAAAUAAAGAACACCAUAAUUUAAAAAAUGUGCCACAUUUGGGACAAAAUAUGUACCAUGUUUGGCACAUUAUUUUAAACCAAGCACGGUCAUAUACCUAACAUAACAUAUACGGGGCAAUAAACAUCAAACGUUACGAGAAUAUGCUCAAAGAAAGUUCCGGGGCCAAUAUUAGCUAUGCCGAUUGCGAAAAAUGUGGCUAUGCGGUAGAAACACAUGUACCAUAUUUGGACAUAAAAAUAUUUGUGUGUUUUUACAAUCAGGGCAAGAAACAAAUCUACGAAAUAUAGCUCAAUCUUCAAUAGCUUUCCUUAGGACUGUGAUCGAAACGUGAUACUGUGAAUCUCUUUUUUGUUUGUGCCAUAUUUGGGACACGCCAAUGUGUUUAAGUUGAGUUGAGUUUUGAGUUGUUAUGUAGAUAUAUGUGCCAUUCUCAACCAAAAGGGUACCUAUUGUCAGUUGUCAAUAAGACGCUGUUUCCAUAUAGCUACAAUUUGAAAUCAACCUUAUCGACAAGCGACAAUGUUGUACCUUUUGGUUGAAAACGUCACAUAUUUUUAAGAAUACUAUUAAAUACUUUUUCAUAUGUAGCGUAUUUGAUAUAUUGGAAAGUUUCAUAAGUAAUGCAGGCGUCUUUCUGAAUGCGCAAAACAAUAUAUGCAAAAUACAAAUACUUUGUAUAUUUACAUAUAUUUUCUUUCAAUUAGCUAGGAAAGUGUCAGUAUUGUAUGUGUAUUUAGUGCAUUGCAUAUAAUAGUUAAUGUGCAUAUAUUACAAUCUAAUUAUUAUCUUAGAGCAGGGGCCCGUUUAUCAAUAGCUUGUGGCUUGUAAUACAAGUGGAAGUCCUUUUUUGACAGCUUUUGUUAGAAAGGGACUUCCACUUGUAUUACAAGCUAAAAACUUUUGAUAAACGGGGCACUGACUGCUAAAUUAUGCAUUCUGCCAUGUCUCUACAUUCUAUAAAUAUAUUGUCCCAAAUAUGUUACAUUAUAUUAAUUGAUUUUUUUGCUAUUUAACCUUUAUCUGACCGAAUCAGAAAAAUGCCAUUGAUUUUAAAUCAAAAACUAAAUGAUUGAAUAUUUUUUUGAAAUUUUAUGAAUAUUUCUUUUUUGGUUAAAUUUAUUCAAAUUAUAUUUAAUGGGGUACAUGGGUUUUAAGAGAUUAAAUAUUUCUAUAUUUCUUCCAAAUAUGUUACAUUUUAUUCAAUUUAUUCUGCUAUUAAACUUCUUUAGGUACAUGAUUGUCCCAAAUAAGUUACGUUUCUGCCAAUCAAUUUAUUUUACUUUACUUUUGCUAAUAAGUUUGAUUCCAUUGUUUUAUUUUUUCAAUGUAAUAAGUAGAUUUAAGUUUUAUAUUUUUCAAUAAUUCUAGUUGUAUAAUUAAAAUGAUAUUAUUUUCCAAUUUAUAUCCUAAAAAUAUUUUUCUCAAACUAAGUUACAUUCUUUAGACGUAAAGAACUUCUUGACGAGAUUUUUUUUUUAAUUUAAAUCCUGCAGAAGUUUUAGAAUUUCUUUUGUUUAAUUUGAUUAAAACCAAUUGAUAUUCUAUUUUAUUUAAUUUAAUUUCUAUAACAAGGGAUUAUUAUAAUAACAUGUAAGUUGCAAAAGUUAAUUAUUUUUGUAUUUCAUUCAUAUUUUCUUAGGUUAAGUGACUUUAAAUGUAGAAAAUAAGUUUAUUAUACAGCAUGUUCCAAGAGUUGUACCAAGAUGAGUCUGCAGCGAUUUUGAUAGCCCAGACUGUGUAAGUAUUAUUAAACGUCAAACUUCUAUGAAAUUAUGACGUAUAAAUAACACAUGCACAAUCUGUACUGUCAAAAUCGUUGCAAAGUUAACGAUAGCAAUACAGUGACUUAUUUCAGACAAAAAUAUUAGCUAUAUAUUAAUACUUUUCUAUGUAAAAUCUCUAAUAUAUUAGCAUAAUAUUUAACGUGAAACAGGUCAUUGGAGCUAUAUCUCACAUUAAUGGAGUUGUCGUGUGACAGACAUGACUAUGUUUAAAUGUUGUUAAGAGAGUGUGUGUAGAUCUUUUCGGACACCUAGACCGUUUACCUAUUCGUGCUGGUGUACGUUAUUAACAUAUGUGGGUUUCCAUCAGAAGAGUACUUAUGCUUCAUGUGCAAUUAGGACCUUUUUAUCAGAAUUUCUGUUGAAAUUUCAGAUGGAAAGGAACUUAUUGUACUUGAAAAUAAGGACUUUUAUCUGAUGGAAAGCCACAUAUGUCAAUAUUAAGGCUGUGUCGUAUAAAUGUAAUUGUUAAUGUUUUGUAAAUGUAAGUGUGUUAAAGUCAUUAUUAAUGUAAGAAUAUAUAUUUUUUUAAUUCGUGCCAUUUCUUUUUAUAAUGAUUAGAAUUAUAACAUAGACAAUGAAUAAUAAGUCGCAUAGAUAGAUGUGCCAUUCUCAACCAAAAGGGUACUUAUUGUCGGUUGUCAAUAAGGCGCUAUUUCCAUAUAGCUUCAGUUUGAAAUCAACCUUAUCGACUAGCGACAAUGUGGUGGUACCGUUUGGUUGAAAACGUCACAUUUGUAGCCGCAAAUUUGACAGCUAAAGUAGAUGACUCAAAACUUCGCCUACAAUAUUUUGCACGCGUUUUGGUAUUCGUUUGUCUAUAAUUUAGAAUUAAGUUAUAAUUUUUUCACAAGUGGUUAUUGUAUUGUUCAAAUUUUAAGCUUUAAAUAAAUAUUUUAUAAAUACA